GUGUCACCAUUGCUCCUUCAUUCUGGUCCAAGUGUUCAAGGCGGAAUCGACUCAUCAUGAAGCUCGCCGUGUCCGUCCUCUUGUUGGCCGCUACCGUGGCCGUUAUCCUCGGCUUCCACGGGUCCCAAGCCGCAGAUGGCCCUACGGUGACGGAUGUGGUUUUCUUUGAUAUGACGAUCGGGGGUGAGCCCGUGGGUCGGAUUGAGAUCGGUUUGUUCGGCGGAAGCGUGCCCAAGACGGUGGAGAACUUCAAGCAAUUGGCCAUUGGACACAAGGAGGGACAUUAUAAUGGAUCCAAGUUCCAUCGCGUCAUCAAGGACUUUAUGAUCCAAGGCGGAGAUUUCACGCGCGGCGAUGGCACCGGUGGUCGAUCCAUCUAUGGUGAGCGAUUCGCCGACGAGAACUUCAAGCUCAAGCACAAUGGCGCCGGAUGGUUGUCCAUGGCCAAUGCCGGCAAGGAUACCAAUGGAUCUCAAUUCUUCAUCACCACGGUUAAGACUCCCUGGUUGGACGGCCGUCACGUCGUGUUUGGCAAAGUGAUCAAGGGUAUGGAUGUCGUGAGAAAGAUUGAAAACACACCCAAGGUUUCCGGAAAAGACACCCCUGCCUCUGAUGUGGUGAUUGCCGAUUCCGGCACUUUGGAUGUGCCAGAGCCUUUUGCUGUGACAAAGGACGACGCCAAGGAAUAAGCCGACAACAACUCGCCCUUAUUUGAAAUUCAAAUGUCUCAUGAAUUUUUCCAACCUUUUUUAUGGUCAAAUAAACAGGAGUUGGUUUUUUAACUUUA